AUGGAUGACCGCAUAGCCAUUCUCACAGAGGACCCAAAAGCAAUUCUUGAUCCUACCAAGACGACUGAAGAUGAUACACCAAGACAGCAGACUGGGGUGUCUACUUCAGGAAAGUCUGCAUCUAUAAUCGAAACCGAGGAAGAUGAAGGUGGAAAGGGUUCAACUGCACGUCGAGUUACCACGAAACCAAGUCGUAUCUUUGAACGACAUGGUCUCCCCUCGGCCUCCGCCAAUGGAGAUGAAGGUGCUUUGGAGUUGCAGCAUGUUGCUGGACGAUGGUUCACUCCUGAUGAACUUAUUGAGGUGCUUAGAGCCUCGGGAGUUAACUUGUUUCCGAGACUUGACUCGUGUACGCGAGUGGAAUGCAACGAAAAGAAUGAACUAAUAGAGCAGAGACUGUACGAGCAGAUGGCUUUAUUAAGCACGGUAAUGGCAUUCAGUUGGUCCCAUUGGAAUGCAGCCUGUCACGAUUCCAAUCGCAUUAUUCUACUUGCAACUGAACACCAAGAUAACGACUCACCGGCCGAUGAGGAACGACUAAAAGUAUACUCCAUGGACAGGAAAUUCGUUUACCAGUUAAAAAUGGCGGAAUCUGCUGAAAAAUUUUCUGAAGAACCCGAACCUUCACUUCAUAAACACGCUGAUUUCUACCACAUGUAUUUGGAAAUUGGAUCCGAGAAGGGAAGGAAACGCGUUGAAGAAACCGAAAGCCGCUACUUUAAAACAGUGCAACGAAUUCUAAAGGCUCUAAGACUGCCGGUGUUUUCUUAA